GGGCUAAUUUUAAAUAACCCCACAUUUUGCUUGACUGUUAACGCAGUUUUUUUUUAUCCAUUGCCAAAUUUUCUCUUCCUUUUCAAAUAAAUAAUGGUCGAGCAUUCGGAAAACCAAAGAAAAUGGCUACAUGCCGCUAUUGUAGCUGGUCAUAUCAUUAGUAUUCCUUUCGCUACUUUUGAUCAAGCUGAAAUUGUGGCAAGAGGAGCUUUUGGUGAAGUUUCUCGCGCUUAUUGGAAAAGUGCUGAAAAAACCGUUGCAUUAAAAAGCCUUUAUAACAAUCCCGUUAUGGGAACAGAAGGUUCUUUUGAAGAGUUUGUUAAAGAGCUUAAAUUAAUCCGUUCCGUUGAUUUUCAUGACAACGUAAUAAGGUUUUAUGGUGUAAGUGAAGAUCCAACAACACACAGAUAUUUUAUGGUGUUGCAAUAUGCUAACGGAGGAAACCUUCGAGAUUUCUUAAAUAAACAUCACGAAUUCCUUAAUUGGGAAACAAGAAUAAAUAUGGCAAGUCAAAUAGCUAGUGGCCUAAAGUGCAUUCAUGAGCGUAACAUAGUACACAGAGAUUUACACUCAAAAAAUAUAUUAGUGCAUGAUGGAAAAAUGAUGAUCACAGACUUUGGAUUAUCAAAAUCAUUAGACAAUAAUGAACAUUCUGUUGUAGGAGGGAUGGUUGGUUAUAUCGAACCACAAUGUUUUAUAGAUUCGACAUAUAAAAGGGACAAGGCGUCGGAUAUAUAUAGUUUAGGCGUUUUAUUGUGGGAAAUAUCAAGCGGGAAACCACCUUUUAACAAUAUGGCUAUUUUAGAUAUAGCUCGCGAAGUUGUUCAAGGUAGAAGAGAGGCUCCAAUUGAAGGUUCACCACCUGCUUAUGUAGCAAUUUAUCAGAUGGCUUGGGAUAGUGAUCCUAACAAACGUUCCACAAUAAAUAAAGUACGAGAAGAUCUUGAAAGAUUACAAUCAAACUGCGAUAUAGAGAAUCUUAGUUUGGCCGGAUUGUCCAUAAAUUCACAAGGUAAAGACAAUAAUUUUGUAAGUUCGCCUGUUAGCGAGUUUGGCUCAAAUAAUAAUUUCGCAGCAAAUUCCGGUGCGCAAAAUUCAAAUGUACAACAAUCAACAAUACCGUUUGGAGUAGCUGAGUCAAUGAAUCCGAAUAAGAGAGCUACAUUACGAGAUAAUUAUAUUCAGCCAAUUAAUAAUAAUAACACGGGACAAUUAAUGAGUCCUCCAAAUUCAAAUGAAAUUUCCACCAAACAAGAUAGUGUAGCGGAUCUGCAUAAACAAAACCCAACAAUAGUAAACAUACCUUUCGGAGUUGCUAGUUCGAUGAAUCCACAUAGAUCAAACACAGCUAGUACUUUACGUACUAAUUAUCUGUCAACAAAUAAUACAGCUCCAAUUCCGAAUUUAAAUUCACAAAAUCAGUCCACUUUACCAUUUAAUAAUGUAGUCGAUCAAAGAAAUAAUAUCGUAAACGUUAACUACAGCUCUCAAAACAACUCUAUUCCGAUUCCACAGUCUCAGGUCCCACAAGUUUCUAAGCAAAAUUAUACAAAUAUGUCAACAGUAGAUCG